GGAAAAAACGAGCACGCAUAUUUGAAUUGGUGAUUUCUCCAUCACCAUCAUCAUUAGAAGUUAUUGACUUCAAUUGGAAUUAUAUUUACCGUAAAAAAGAUGAUCAAAACUCCUACUAAUCAACAACGACUAACAAACGUGGCCAUUGUUCGAAUGAAAAAAUGCGGCCAACGUUUUGAGAUUGCAUGUUAUAAAAAUAAAGUCAUUUCUUAUCGUGAAAAAAUUGAAAAAGAUAUAGAUGAAGUUUUACAAACACCAGUAGUAUUUGUCAAUGUAUCGAAAGGACAAGUGGCUAAAAAAGAAGAUCUAAUUAAAUGUUUUCAAACCGAUGAUCACAUGAAAUGUUGCUUGGAAAUCUUGAAUAGAGGUGAAUUACAAGUGAGUGAAAAAGAACGUCAACAUCAGUUGGAAUCUACAUUCAAAGAUAUCGCUACAAUCAUUGCGGAUAAAUGCGUUAAUCCAGAAACAAAACGACCAUAUCCAGUUGGAAUGAUUGAAAAAUCAAUGCGACAGAUACAUGUAUCGGUUAAACAAAAUCGAACAUCCAAACAACAAGCAUUGGAGAUAAUACCACAGCUGAAAAAAGUCAUUCAGAUUGAACGAGCACAAAUGAAAUUGAGAGUGUUGACUAAUAAGAAGAAUAAACCGAAAAUGAAAGAAUUCAUUAGUACUUUGGAAGAGGAAAAUGUUCUCGAUGAUGGUAUCAUCGAAAUGAUUUUUACUACAGAUCCUGGAAAUUAUCGUUCAAUUGAUCAAUUGGUUAGUAGUACACCCAAAUCUGAACUUCAUGUUCUUAUGUUACAGGAAACGGUCGAUGGAGAUACCGGAAUAGAUUAAUUCAUCAUUGUUUAUGUUUUUUUUUAUUUGAGUUAAUUUUUCACUUGCUAAAUUUUUUUUUUGUUUGCAAAA